AUCUCGUUUCUCGGGCCAUCCGUAAACACGAAUAUCAAGAAUAUUUUUUUUCCUUUUUCCCUUUUCUUUUUCCUUCCUCAUAAUUAUUCUUUAUUCUUUAUUUUCCAAAAAAUAAAUAAAUAAUGUUUCCUAAUUUUAGAUCCUUCUUCUUCCAUUAAUUACACCUUUGUUAAAUUUUAUUUAUUUUAAUGGUCAGUACUUUCUUUCUUCUUUGUUCAGAGAGGAACAAGAGAGAGGAAGUGUGUUGUGUUCUGUUGUGUUGUAUUGUCUCUCUCUGUGUUACAUAUUUUUUCCUUCAAAAUUUCACAAAAACAAGGCGGACCCAUGUAUAACUAUGAAGGAUGGAUUAUUUAACACAUUUUCUAAGGGCUUAAAAAGAUGAUUUCUUGAUGGGCUGAACUCAAGGUAUCAUGGGUAGCUUAAGUGAUGAUGAAGGAGAAUGUCGAUUUUUCGAUGCCCCGGAUAGUAUUUCACAGGUCUCUGAUUUGGGUUUUAACUGUAGUCCGAUGCGCGAAUCUAGCUCUGGAAUUGACAAUGGUGUUAGCUAUGAUGAGUGGAUUAAGACUCCUAGAAGUGUUGGCGAGCGUCGUAGGCAAUUCCGUUGUUGGAUGGGGUUAAGUUUAGAUGGAAUGUCUGGAGAAGAUUCAGUAGAUAUAUGUGGAAGCUCUAAUUUAUGUACUGGUGAGAUUGAAAGGAUUACGGAGAGAAGUGGAGCCGUAUUGCGGUCCUCCAUUUUUGAGGAUGAAUUUUUGUCUUACCAGUCUGGUUUGUGUGUGGAAGCUUUGGAUUCACCUAAACAAUUGGGUUCAAAUGAAAGUUUCGUGUGUAGGGGUGGCAAUGCUGAUAGUGGAAUUGGGUGCAAUGUACAUGUUCAGGCAGAGAAUGGACAGCGAAGUAACGGAGCUAUCAGAUUGGAACGAUUGAAAAUGUCUCGAGAGCCUGAGAGCUCUCCAUGUGUGUCCCCUGUGAUUGGGAAACUCGAACAUGGAGAACUGGAUAAAAAUGGAGACACUCCAAAGAAACUAAAUGGAGUUAAAAAUCGGUUAUUAAGUAGGCUACGGUCAUUUACGUGCAUGGCAAAUGCCGAAGGGAGAUGUUGUCAUGAUUCGAUGGAUAACAGUUCCAUCCCUAUUCAGAGGUCUAGAAUUCAGAGGGUUAAAGUUCACCAUCAUAAGAAGCAGUUAAAGGAACUCUCUGCUCUUUUCAUGGGGCAGGAUAUCCAGGCUCAUGAGGGUUCAAUUUUAACUAUGAAAUUCAGUUUUGAUGGACAGUACCUAGCGAGUGCUGGUGAAGAUAAGAUUGUGCGGGUGUGGCAAGUGAUUGAAGAUGAGAGAUCCAAUGAAGUUGAUAUUCCAGAGUUGGAUCCUUCAUGUAUGUAUUUCACGGUUAAUCAUCUUUCUCAAUUGGCUCCUCUGGGGACGGAGAAAGAGAAAAGUAGUUUUAAGUUGAAGGGCCUUAAGAAAACAAGAGAUUCUGCCUGUGUUGUUUUACCUCCCAAGGUCUUUCGAAUUCUGGAAGAACCACUGCAUGUGUUCCAAGGGCAUACUGGAGAGAUAUUGGAUCUCUCGUGGUCAAAAAAUAAUCAGUGUUUGCUGUCAUCAUCAACUGACAAAACUGUUCGUCUGUGGCAAGUUGGACAUGAUCUGUGCCUCGGAGUUUUUUCACAUAGUAAUUAUGUGACUUGCGUACAGUUUAACCCAGUGAACGAUGAAUACUUCAUCAGUGGAUCAAUCGAUGGGAAAGUUCGAAUUUGGGCCGUUAAUAGCUGUCAAGUAUUGGAUUGGUCGGACAUCAGAGACAUAGUGACUGCUGUUUCCUAUCGUCCUGAUGGAAAGGGUGGGAUUAUUGGUUCUAUGGCAGGCAGUUGCCGUUUUUUCAGUUUAGAAGGUCAUGAGAUCCAAUUAGAGGAGCAGAUGUGCUUGGCCAAUAAAAAGAAGUCCUUUUGCAAAAGGAUUACGGGCUUUCAGUUUUUUCCACAAGACCCAUCUAAAGUAAUGGUUACUUGUGCCGACUCUCAUGUCAGAAUCCUAGAUGGUAUCCAUGUGAUCGGCAAGUACAAAGGUUUAACUUCUUGUGAUUUACUGCUGCUCUGCUCUCCAGGCCAACGAACUGCAGGAAACCAUCUCUGUGCCACUUUCACCUCAGAUGGGAAGCAUAUUAUCUCUGCGUCUGAAGAUUCUAAUGUCUAUGUUUGGAACUGCGAAAUUCCCAAAGAUUAUGUCUCACAACCUAAAGUGGUGAGGUCAUCUGAGUUCUUCUCCAGUGAUUCCUCCAUCGCAAUACCAUGGUCCGGCUUGAAAACUGUAAAUACAGAUAACGGACGGCAUUCUAGAGGACUAAGUCAAACUUCAAAUAACAUAUUACCUUUCAUUUCGUCUCCUUAUCUUUCUUUGGGCAGUGAGUUGUUCCUUGAGGCAAUUCCAAGAGGAUCAGCAACCUGGCCUGAAGAGAAGCUUCCCGUGUCAAGUCCUAGGUCAGUGUCUUCUGGGAUGUGCAAAUCUGAAUACAAGUUUCUGAAAGGUUCUUGCCAGAGUUCAUCUAAUUCUCAUGCCUGGGGUUUAGUUAUUGUCACUGCUGGCUAUGAUGGGCGAAUAAGGUCAUUUCAUAAUUAUGGAUUGCCUUUGCCACUUUGAGUAGUACUACUAUACAGGGUUUUCUAGAAUCGAAAGUUCUCUCUUUUUUCGGAGCCUCCUGUUGGAUAAUUUAUGUUGUGGCCGUCCUGCUUGAGAACACUUCCUUUUUCAAGGGAAAGAUAUUCAACAGUUGAUGUUGCAAGUGAAAUUUUACUGGCCCCUCUAGGUAUUUACAUGUCCAGAGAUAGAUGGGUGUGUGCCGUGCUCUUGCCACCAAUUGGUAAAUAUCCUCUGGUUUAUCUAUCUUGGCUUUGUUCUGGAGAGCAAUCCUGUAAUUCGAACUGAUUGGAGAUGGAUAUUUGCUGCUAAUGGUGGGAUUAUACUUGCACAAGUAGAGACCGUUUUAUAUAAAUGUAUCCGGUGUUACUGCGCGACCAUUGCUGUUCUACUGGGAAAAAGCUGGUGGUUGAUGGUCAGAAUGAACAUUUUAUCUGCCAUUUGGUCACUGAAGGCGCGAUUGACCACAUACAUGACACUAGUGAGAAAGGCUAUGUGGGCAGCUUCUUGGUGCAUUGUGUUUUUAGCUGCGGAAUUGUACAUGAAUCUGAGUUACUAUACUUAAAGGCAAGUGCUCGCUGUGCUUUUGGAAUAGCAAGUGCCAAGCGCUUUGCUUUUUCUGGUAAAAAUGGGAACUGCAGGGGUAUGCCAGUGACAAUGGAUUACACUAACAUAUAGAUGUCAUUUCCAUUUUAUAGAUUUAAAAGAUAGAUUUAGUAGUUUCUAUCUCAAAAAAAGAAGAAAGAACAAAAAAAGGUAGAUUUAGUUGUGUCUCGUGUUGAUGAUGAAUCAACGCUUAUGAAAUUUGACACAUUACGUCAAUUAUUAGUGGUGUACAGUAGUAGUUAGCGUAUAUGCUUUGUAUAUGCAUUGAGUUACUAAAGCGCUCUCUUACAAAGUAAAAAUUACACCAACUGAACCUUGUUGAGGUUCAUCAAUUUUUGUAUCCA